UUACGUCAAAGAAAUUGGACGGUGUGACGUUAACUUAUGCUACACUUCAGCUCAUUCUGUCAGAGCUGACAGCCAUCUGCUAGCUGGGAGAAACUGUGAGAAACACCUUUCAAGAAUGUCUGAGGAAGAACAGUCGGUGGUGUCCUACAUUUUCCUAAAUGGAGACAAAUAUGAGGGGGAAAGGAGCUGGUCUGCGUCAGGGGUGCUGAUGAGGAGCGGCACUGGUAAACAGAUUUCCGCCAAUGGCAUCAUAUACACCGGAGAGUGGCAUGAGGACAAAAUGAAUGGCAGAGGGACCCUGCAGUACCCCUCUGGAGCAGUAUAUGAAGGAGACUUCAAAGACAACAUGUACCACGGCAUGGGGACAUACAUCUUCCCUGAUGGCUCCAAGUACACAGGCAACUUCUGCAAUAACAGGUUGGAAGGACAAGGGACGUUCACAGAUGCACAGGGCCUGGUUUGGACUGGAAGUUUCCACGGCAAAGCAGCACCAAAUCUCAGACUGAAUCACAACAUUUAGAGCAUUACAACACACACUUUACUGUACUGUAAUGUGUAAAACACUCUAUGAUAUAUGGUACAUUUAAAUUACGCUGUAUUAGACAGAAGUAAUCAUCUGA